UGGAAUGUAGAACGAAUGACUCCUGCUCCCAGUGCAAUUUUCCUUCGGGGCACCUUCCAAAAAGAGCCCCCCUUCCGUCCGCGGGGGGCGGACUUCUCCCCACGGAAGGCCAGGCCUCGGGGCCGCGGCCCUGCACGCCAGGCCCGGCGCCUGGGGCAAGCCGCCCGCGGCCCGCGGCCGGGCGGGCCAGGCGGCUCCUCCCCGGGCCUGCGGCGGCCCCGCCCCGGGGGUGUGUCCGGGGCGCCCCACCUUAAGGCCGCGGCCGGCCGGGGCCCGGGAGCCAUGGCGCCGUCCGUGCGGCCGCUCCUGGUGCUCGUGCUGUUGGCGGGCGCGGUGCGAGCGGGCGCCCCCUUCCAGCCCCGCCGGCCCUGCUACCGGCCGCUGCGCGGGGACCGGCCGGCCGCGCUGGGGGUCAGGACAUACCCCCGGCCUCAUGAGUAUCUGUCCCCAUCGGAUCUGCCCAAGAGAUGGGACUGGCGCAACGUGGAUGGGAUCAACUACGCCAGUGCCACCAGGAACCAGCACAUCCCCCAGUACUGUGGCUCCUGCUGGGCCCAUGGCAGCACCAGCGCCAUGGCAGACAGAAUCAACAUCAAGAGGAAGGGCGCAUGGCCAUCCACUCUGCUGUCUGUGCAGAACGUCAUCGACUGUGGCAACGCGGGCUCCUGUGAGGGCGGCAACGACCUCCUGGUGUGGGAGUAUGCCCACAAGCAUGGCAUCCCGGACGAGACCUGCAACAACUACCAGGCCAAGGACCAGGCUUGUGACAGGUUUAACCAAUGUGGUACCUGCACUGAAUUCAAAGAGUGCCACGCCAUCCAGAACUACACCCUCUGGAAGGUUGGGAACUAUGGUUCCCUCUCCGGCAGGGGGAAGAUGAUGGCAGAGAUCUACGCGAAUGGUCCCAUCAGCUGCGGUAUAAUGGCAACAGAAAAGAUGGCUAACUACACCGGAGGCAUCUAUGCUGAGUACUACGAGAACGCCUACAUAAACCAUGUCAUUUCCGUGGCCGGGUGGGGUGUCAGCGACGGGACUGAGUACUGGAUUGUGCGGAAUUCAUGGGGUGAACCAUGGGGCGAGCGAGGCUGGAUGAGAAUAGUGACCAGCACCUACAAAGGCGGGAAGGGCACCGACUACAACCUUGCCAUAGAGCAGCAGUGCACGUUCGGGGACCCCGUCGUGUAAGGCCCAAGUCUCCGGCAGAGCAGCUCUGAGGAAAGGCCGUGAGCCAGAGGGGAUCCUGCUGUUCGGGGCACUGGGUUGGAACUGCGUGGUGUGAAGGACUGGGGGCUGAUGGUCAGAGCAUCUGGCAGCUGGUGGCGGCACGGAGGGCCUAGAAAAGGCAGACCGCAGUGGUGCUGCCGAGACUCGUGAGGGGAGUCUGGCACAGGGUGCCCCUAAACACCCACACAGGGGGCUUUCCCGCCACAGUGACCGCAAGCAACCAUGUCCCUGGCAGGGAGUGACCCACAAGUCAGCAAAUUACAUGACCUCCAUUUCCUUCAGUUGAUGGUUUGGUAUUUUCUAUUUGGCAACUGUGGUAUUUAAGAGAAAAAACAGGUCAGCAUCACCAGUUCGGGUGCCACUUUGGAAUGAGUGGAGGGGGGAGGCAGCACGGCCAUUUUACUUUGCCCAAGUGAUGAAUAAAACCCAUGACUUCGCCUGAA